GUUUUACUGGUGAUCUGAUCUUUAUUAGUAGCUGUACCUAGUACUACUCAACCAAAAAUGAGAACAGUAAUUCACACUUUCUCAUCACAACAUUCACAUUUUCACCCAAGUCAUGGCCAAAAUUGACGUGAGCCCACAGAGAAAGCUUCUCUUGGACAACAAGGAUUUAUUAGCACAUUUACCAUCGGAUUUGAUCGACAUAAUACUUGGUCACACCCCUGGUAACUUUCUCGAUGCCGUUUCUACAGCGGCACGAAUACCUCACAUUACCAAAUCCAUAUUUGCCUACUUUGAGUCCAUAUUCGCCGAUAUAUGCGCCAGAUGGUUGUUAGAGACCCGGAAUGGAUAUCAAAAUGAUUCUAUCAUCACAUCUUUUGCUAGAAUCCUUCCACUCGCCCCUCACCUCUCCGUUUUCCUAGAACAAUAUCUUAGGGAAACCUCACUUACACAACAUCCCGGAUCACGAUCUCUCCGGAUCAACUCCUUGAAUCAACCGCAUAUCCAAACCGCUUCUGGAUCGAAAUUAGUACCGGUUUUACUCGCUUUCUGGAGGCUUCUCAAUUUUGAGAAAAAGACAUUCAAUGAACUAGUACCGCCUUCAGUAACCCAGGCUCUGUGCAAGCAUGACGAUAAGUCAGUCAGAUAUCUUGCCAUCAGGAUUCUUUGCAUUCAGCUCAAGGCUUCAGACUAUAAGUUGGAGUGCCUUAUCCGCGCACACAUUGGAGAAGGAAACGAUGUACUUAUCGAUGUUGAUGGAGAGCAGGUUCCUUACAUGUUUCUAUCUCUCUUUGAACGUCAACGAGUAGAAGACUUGGAUAUAUCUCAACGAGAAUCUCACGCAAAGAUCGUCCAAUUUACAGGAGAGUCUUUUCCCCAUCAGCAACUCACCGAGCUAGUUAUUCAGUACAAUACCACGAUUAUUCCUAGACCAAAUGGCGAUCCACGCCUAUCCUCUAGUUUGGUGCACACUUCAACUACCUUAACUAAUCUUGAGAAUCUCGCGCAGAGUCUUCAAAAACCGGGCCCAAUUCUUCUACACGGCUUACCUGGAUCUGGAAAGACCUCGAUCGUGCAUGAGCUGGCCCGUGAGCUGGGCAUGGAGUCGAGUUUGGUCACGUUACACCUCAACGAACAGACUGACGCCAAGAUGCUCAUCGGUCUGUACUCUACAGGUUCCAAACCGGGCUCCUUCGAAUGGAGACCGGGUGUUUUAACUACGGCUGUUCGCGAAGGACGAUGGGUCUUAAUUGAGGACCUGGAUAGAGCCCCGAACGAAGUGAUGAGUACCUUACUACCACUCGUAGAGCAUGGCAAGCUAUUGAUUCCUAGUCGUGGGGAGACUGUGGAGGCUUCGAGCAGCUUUCGACUGUUUGCCACGGUUAGAACUACCCGAGGACUGCAUGGGCAUGAGAAUCUCCCCAGUAUGCUGGGCCAGCGAUUCUGGCACUUGACGAGUGUGAAGAUUCCUCCGCCAGUCGAGCUGGAACAAAUCAUCAUAGGAAGUUAUCCCCUCUUAGUCAAAUAUACUCCGACGAUUAUGUCGGUUUACAGGAGACUUUGCAAUCUAUCCAGUGUUCCAUCUGUGACUGGUGCGGGACGAAGCACAGUUGACCGUCCGAUCACACCUAGAGAUCUCUUAAAAUGGUGCCGUCGACUCCAAGAAACCUUGUUAGCUUCAGGCUGCAAGACCGGCGACGAACCUAUCAGUGAGACUACGAGAGACUGGAUGUUUAUGGACUCGGUCGAUUGCUUCUGCGGUAGUAUUUCUAGGCCAGACACGAGGGCCACUCUUGUCAGCUGCAUAGCGGAAGAGAUGCAUCUCUCCAAACAGCUCAUGGAGCAUUACCUCAACGCUCAUGUGCCGCAUAUGGAAGAUAGUCCUAAUAGUUUGAAGAUUGGGAGGGUUAUGUUGACUAGAAGAAAGCAUGCUAAUAGAGUGGUAAAAUCAAAAAAGCCAUUCGCAAGUACUAGUCACUCCAAGAGGCUACUUGAACAGAUAUCAAUGUCAGUCAAACUACGUGAACCUGUGCUUCUCGUAGGCGAGACUGGUAUUGGCAAGACGACAGUCAUUCAGCAACUAGCCGAAUCCCUAGGCCACAAGCUGGUGGCUGUGAACUUAUCGCAACAAAGUGAAGUCGGUGAUCUUCUAGGGGGGUUCAAGCCCGUCAAUGCUCGAAGCCUCGCCGUUCCCCUGAAAGAAGAGUUUGAAGAUCUGUUCGCUUCAACGGGAAUUUCCGCGUCCAGGAACCAGAAGUAUCUUGAGCAAAUAGGAAAAUGCACCGCGAAAGGCCAAUGGAUGAGGGUAUCGAAGCUUUGGAACGAAGCUCCGGCGAUGUUCAACAAGAUAGUGGCCCAGCUUCAGAAUCAGCCCGAAGUCAAUAAUGAUGGUGGCGAUCCUAAUGGGAGACCGGCUGCAAAAAGGCGAAAGACAGAAUCGAAGCUACAAUCCUUGCUUGAACUACAACCGCGCUGGGAAGCAUUUGCAAGGAAUCUAGAGCAAUUUAAUGUCCAGAUUUCAGGAGGCUCAGGCAAUUUUGCGUUUGCCUUCGUCGAGGGAAAUAUCGUCAAAGCUGCGCGCAAUGGAGACUGGGUCUUACUGGAUGAGAUAAACUUGGCAUCACCUGAUACACUGGAGAGUAUAGCUGAUCUACUUGCUUCCGGCGUCAAUGAUGAGCCGUCACUAUUAUUGUCAGAGACUGGUGAAAUCGAACGUGUCAAAGCGCAUCCUGACUUCCGAAUAUUCGGAGCCAUGAACCCUGCCACGGAUAUUGGUAAACGAGAUCUCCCGCUUGGGCUUCGAUCGCGCUUCACUGAGUUCUACGUUGGUAGUCCAGACAAGGACUUGAAGGAUCUUCUCACCAUUAUCAAGGUUUACCUCAGCGGAAAGAGUGCCAAGGACGAACAGGCAGCCGAUGACAUUGCCAGACUAUAUUUGAACACCAAGACGCGAGCUGAAGAGAAACGUUUGGUGGAUGGCGCCAACGAAGUACCUCAUUUCAGUCUGCGAACAUUGACGCGUGUUUUGAGCUACGUAAAUGACGUCUCUCCAUAUUAUGGCCUUCGACGAGCUUUGUUCGAGGGCUUCUCUAUGGGGUUUCUUACAUUGUUGGACCGAGCAUCUGAAGAGACGCUGGUCCCAUUAAUUUACCACCAUCUUCUCGACAGACAUGGAAAUGCUAGAUCAUUACUUUCACAGCCACCAAGACACCCUAAUGAUGGAAAGCAAUACGUCAAAUUCGUCAACAAAAACAGGGAUCGCCACUACUGGUUACUCCGAGGAGAGGAAACCCCUAUUGAACGAACGGAUUACAUAAUCACGCCUUAUAUCGAACGCAACCUUUUGAAUCUGGUCAGGGCUACUUCGACUAGGCGCUUUCCUAUUCUCAUUCAGGGGCCUACAUCAGCAGGCAAGACGAGCAUGAUCGAGUAUCUUGCGAAUUUCAGCGGUAACAAGUUCGUGCGAAUCAAUAAUCACGAGCAUACGGAUCUCCAAGAAUACCUCGGAACUUACAUUUCUGAUGCUGGUGGGAAACUGCGAUUUCAAGAAGGGUUGUUAGUACAGGCACUUCGGCAAGGACAUUGGAUCGUGCUCGACGAGCUCAACCUGGCCCCUACUGACGUCUUAGAAGCGUUAAAUCGUCUUCUUGAUGAUAACCGCGAAUUACUUAUUCCCGAGACGCAGGAGAUUGUACGUCCACAUGAAAACUUCAUGUUAUUUGCGACGCAAAACCCUGCUGGUCUGUAUGGGGGUCGCAAAGUACUCUCGCGUGCUUUCCGCAACCGAUUCCUCGAACUGCAUUUUGACGACAUUCCAGAAGAUGAGCUCGAGAUUAUUCUGCAGAAGCGCAGCUUACAUACUGCUCCUUCAGACUGCAAGAGAAUCGUCAACGUGUAUAAAGAACUUUCUAGGUUACGACAAACAAGUCGACUAUUCGAGAAUAAGGAUAGUUUCGCAACGCUAAGAGAUCUUUUCAGAUGGGCCUUGAGAGGGGCAGAAACUCGAGAGGAAAUUGCGGCUAAUGGGUUCAUGCUCCUAGCUGAACGUGUUCGCAAUGAAGAGGAAAGGCUGGCCGUGAAGAAGGUAAUUGAGACGGUUUUCAAGGUCAAGAUUGACCAGCAUGAGCUCUACGACAUUGACCGCUCACCCUAUCUGAAAACGCAACCUCAUAAAAACGAGCAGGAUGUUGUCUGGACUCACGCCAUGCGCCGUUUGUACGUUCUAGUUGCUAGUGCCCUUCGUCACAAUGAGCCGGUUCUCCUCGUGGGAGAAACUGGUUGCGGUAAGACGACCGUCUGCCAACUCCUUGCCGAGUCUCUUGGUAAAGAACUGCACAUCGUCAAUGCCCACCAAAAUACCGAAACAGGCGAUCUCAUCGGUUCUCAGAGACCAAUCAGGAAUCGAGGUGCUGUUCUGGAUGUGUUGGCUCAAGAUGUUGCUGGAGUCCUACAACAGCUUGGACAGACCGUGGAAGGAAAUGUGGAAAUCAUGCUAGAACAAUAUCAUGCUCUAGACCCGUCAAUUUUAUCGAACGUGCCUAUGGAACUACAACGGAAAAUCUCGGUCAAUGAAAUCAAGAGCAAGGCUCUCUUUGAGUGGGCGGACGGAAGUUUAGUCCAUGCUAUGCGAGAUGGCCAAUUUUUCCUUCUUGAUGAGAUAUCACUCGCGGAUGAUUCUGUCUUGGAAAGACUCAACUCUGUUCUAGAACCCCAGCGCUCCUUACUCCUCGCGGAAAAGGGGGUGGAUGAUUCGUUUAUUAAAGGCUCCGAUGGCUUCCAAUUCCUCGCGACCAUGAACCCCGGCGGCGACUUUGGCAAGAAGGAACUAUCCCCCGCGCUGAGGAAUCGAUUUACUGAGAUCUGGGUGCCUCCUCUGUCCGAAAACGAAGAUGUAUUGAAUAUUGUCUCCUCCAAGCUCAAGCCCGAGUUCCAAGCGUUCUCCAACGUUAUUGUUCAUUUCUCAUAUUGGUUUGGGCAUAAUUUCCGAUCCACGGCCUCGACGGCCUUCUCCAUUCGAGAUAUUCUUGUUUGGGUUAAAUUUGUCAACGAGAGCGCUGGCCGAGAAGCAGUAUCAUCGGUAGUCCAUGGAGCCGCCACUGUAUUCAUCGAUACUCUAGGUGCGAACCCUUCUGCAUUGAUUGCGAUUGACCCUAAGAGCAUGGACACGCAACGACAAACAUGUCUAGAUAAGUUGAGUGAGCUUCUUAACUGUGAUGCCACUGCGAUAUACCGAGCACCACUGCAACUGAUUAUCAAAGCUGACGAACUGCAAAUUGGCGACUUUUCCAUCGAACGCACCGCCAAUGAUGACUUCGAGACGGGAUUUGCCUUACAUGCUCCCACUACCAAACUCAACGCGAUGAGAAUAAUUCGUGCUCUUAACCUACAAAAGCCAAUUCUGCUAGAAGGUAGCCCAGGCGUAGGAAAAACCACGCUUGUCAGCGCCCUGGCUCGAGCAUGCGGACGGCCUUUGACGAGAAUCAAUCUAUCUGACCAAACUGAUCUUAUGGAUCUCUUUGGGACGGAUGUGCCCAUUGAAGGAGCCGAAGCUGGCCACUUUGCCUGGAGAGAUGCCCCUUUCCUUCGUGCUAUGCAAAACGGAGAAUGGGUCCUCCUGGAUGAGAUGAACUUGGCCUCUCAGUCUGUUCUUGAAGGCUUAAAUGCAUGUCUCGAUCAUCGAGGAGAAGUUUAUGUCUCCGAAUUAGAUCAAGUUUUCAAAAGACAUCCCGACUUCUGCCUGUUUUCAGCGCAAAACCCACAUCACCAAGGUGGAGGGCGAAAAGGAUUGCCUAGCUCCUUUGUCAAUCGCUUCAUCGUCGUAUAUGCUGAUGUAUUCAGUGAGGAGGAUCUCAUGCUAAUCGCUCAGCAUAACUUCCCCGGAGUACCCACCGAAACAAUUCGACAAUUGAUCAGUUUCAUCUCUGGCCUUGAUGCUCGGAUCGUUGUUGAAAGAGUAUUUGGGUCCCAAGGCAGUCCGUGGGAAUUCAAUCUUCGCGAUACACUCCGCUGGCUGAGUCUACUCACGUCACCAGAUCCUUUGCUUAGCACUGCUCAAGUUGACGAUUUCUUGAGCAUCACGAUACGGCAACGUUUUCGAACGGAGAAUGACAGACUUGAAGUUGACAAGCUUUUUGCAGAGGUAUUUGGGUCACCACCGAAAUCUCACCAAUUAUACCACAGCAUGUGUUCCUCAUCACUCCAAGUUGGACUCGCGUUAAUGGAUCGGAACCGACUUAUACAGCCAUCACAGUUUCCUGGCAUGGAUGUGGUUCCUCGACUCUCAGAGAUGGAGUCCCUUUUGAUCUGCGUCAAACAGAAUAUCCCAUGUAUCCUCGUGGGCCCUUCAGGUAGUGGGAAAUCAAUGCUUCUAAGACAUACUGCUGCAUCGUGUGGUAAAUCGCUUGUCACAUUUCCAAUGAACGCUGAUAUAGACACUAUGGAUCUCGUUGGAGGAUUUGAACAAUCUGACCCCUUACGCGAGAUCAAUACCGCGCUGAGGAAAUUGCAAGAGGUCCUGCAAUUCUCCAUCAUAAACUUAUUAGUCGAAGGCGUCCCUGACUCCGCAGUCAAUCUACUGAACGCACUCAAUUCUAUAAAAGACGAAGCAGAUGAGCGUCAAGGUCUUCUAAGCCAUAUAGAGAAGCUUCAAAGUCAGAUCCCUGGAGAAUCAGAGCUGGCGAUUGCACUCUCUGAUGUGCGCAUACUCCUUCAACAAUCCGUCGGCGUCUCCAAUCCUAGAUUUGAGUGGUUGGACGGCAUUAUUGUUCAAGCUCUCCAGAAGGGGCAUUGGCUAGUGCUUGACAAUGCAAACCUUUGUAACGCUUCCGUUCUUGACCGGUUGAAUUCUUUACUUGAACCGGGUGGCUACUUGAUCAUCAAUGAAAACUGCGGUCCGAAUGGAGAGCCUCGAAUUAUCAAACCGCAUCCUGAUUUCAGGGUCUUCUUAACUGUUGAUCCCCGUUAUGGCGAACUCUCGCGAGCGAUGAGGAACCGAGCUAUCGAGAUCUACAUCGAACCUCGCGAGUCAGCUCUUGUGUCUUGGCGAGGUCGAGUUACUGACAUAGAAUCAAGCUUACAGAGGAUUGAAUUAGUCUCUUCAGCGAUAAAACUUGAAGCUCUCCAUGGAAAACACGUGGGUCCCGUAGCUACAUCUUGCGUAUCGUUCGAUGAUUCAAUCCUUCUCGAAAAGUUCUUUGAGUUUCAGGGGUGGUCAUGGAGGACGCCGCUAUUACUUCAGCUCGGUUCAACCGAUGGGCCCCAGAUUCUUCAAGAUAAUCUGAAUCAACUCAGCUCAAUUCACAAGUUGCCCUUGAUUGAAUCGGUCCAUAAUUCCAUUCGCCAGAUUUAUGAAGGUUUACCUACAGAAUUUGCGCGUAGCCUUUACGACAUACAGCCCAUCCACCCUUUGCAAAACUCGGUUCUUGUUCCUUGUUUCCAGUGGCAGUCUUAUGAGCUUCCAUUUUGGUUAGGAAGAUGCUAUGAACUUCAAGUGAAGAUUACUAGUUCCUGGAAACAGAUGGAAGCGCACGACCGAAGACGCACCGGCAAACAAGUAUCACAGUUGAAUCGGUUCCAACGCUCGCGUCUCGCUGGCAGCGUUGCUGCUGUGUCGAAAGACUCUACUGUAGAGGCGGCUAAAUUCCUCACUGGCGUCCUAGAAGAGCUUGGCUCAUUCUUGCACGUCAACAUUCACGACCCUACUUCAUGGAGAGACCGAAGCCGUCUCUGUCGAGAUAUUCUUCAUCAUUGGCAAAGGACAUUUGCGUACCUUAUCAUGAACGAUUUUGAUGAGGCGUUGUUCCGAGUUCAUCUGGGCACCGUAUCAAAUAUGCUAUCCAGCUAUAUAUCCCGGGUUCAAGAUAUGCAAACACAAAAGCUAGCACAUCAAAUUCUAAAAGGAUUAGAGGAAUGCUUUACCACUGGAUACAGGCUAUGCACAGGCCUGAGCAUGGAGAAACUCUGGGUGGUCUUGAGGCCUAUCUUAAUCGGAGAUGAGCCACUUUUCAAUCGUGUUUCUCUCAUGGAACAGUUGGCCUCGCAGUUUGACUUGGUCAAAUGGAAGUCUACGGCUACUCCCUCAGAUCUUGCCAAGAUCAUGAACUCGUUCGUGCAUGCAUACCGACUUGUUCGACUGAAUGGACCAGAUGUGGAUAAUCUUCUGACAGUAUUGACAACGGAAAUCGAACAGUUGCUCAAGAAGCUACCCGAGAAUGAUACUUCAGCUACCCCUUUUAUGGCUAACGAAUUCGACAUAAUGAGACAGAUUAUUGCACUCGAUUGCAUAUCACGACAGACCGAGUUGCCACGAACAGCAAACGAGAUAAUCUUGUUGUCUGAUAUCCCGCUUAGUGUCCAGAUGUCUGUCAGCAGUGCUUCCGAUACAUCAAAGCUUCUACUGUCAAUGGAAACCGUAUCUAGCGAUGAAAACCAACGGCAUAACUGGGACGAAAACUUAUCUGCUAAGAUUCUAUCAAAACUCGGCGCUAUCAAUUCAGCGAGCCUUGGCUCUUUAGCUUCACUUGAUGCAGAAUUACCCAUACUAGCACGACAGAUUUGCUCAAACACGGAAUCCAUCGCGGCUGACCGACUUGGGAAGCUUAGCGACGUGCUCUGGUGCCUCAUGAUGGAUGUGGUAUCUCGCUGUGAGCCGUCUUUGGUUACACUGUUCGUCACAGCCCAGAACAUUUCCGCGGUACCGGAUAAGUCCGUUAUCAAAUUGUUCAAUACAGACGAUUUGAUAUUCGACAUAGAGAGGAUUUUCCCCGGCACGAAAGCACAUCUUAGUGACAUCUCUAAAAUUGCAGCUGAUCACCUAAUUCCUGCUCUUAUGUCUUGGGUUGGGUAUCGGUGCUCUUCUACCAAACAGCGUGCUUACUUAGCAAACGCUUGGGUAAAAUUGUCCGCUGCUUUAAUCGAGCUUUUCGUUCCCGACAAGGCAUUUGACCCACAGCUGAGGCCCAAACUCGAGUUAGACAGCUAUAGCAAGCUCUUGGCUGACUUACAAGAGCAAGUCCAGAUGUUACAGGACUUUGAAGAGUUUCACACCGGCCAGUCUACAAAUCUGAGAUGUCAACUGCUGGAAAAAGAUAUCAAUGAUCUUGGACCUUCCCCUGGCGCAGUUCAAACUGUCUAUCGUCCUGCGGUUUCUCAACUUCCACAGGUCCAGACAGAUUUUAAUAGCCUGCUUCAAAUCCUUAACUCUGAUAUCAGUUCGAUACUAGUCCAGCAUUGCUCAGGCUCAGAGACAGCCACGCAACAGCUACGUGUCAUCCACGAAAAUGUGUCGAUGGUCGGAUUCCGCCUGAAGCAAGGCCUGAAGCGAGGAUACCGCGCGUACGAGGAUAUCGUCUUACCAGUCAUCAAUAUGACCCAUUGUCUGGAACUUGGUCUAUACCUAGGACGAGAAGCCGGUAGCUCACGAGCCGUAGAUCGCAAACAUUCGUCGAAUACACUACCCGACCUAGCACCUUUCCUUGGAGGAAAACUUAAUGUUCCGGCUAUACGAUUAGCCGAGUCUCAUAGCUUUGAGGUGCUCCAAUAUGCUGGAAUGGUAGUCUCUAUCGAAGGUUCCGAUGGACUAAAAGCAGUCAAGCAGAGUGCUUUCCAGGCGGUCCAUUCGGUAUACGAUCAGUGGACCCAGAAGCUUGAAGCGGAUCAGAAAGCUGAAGAGACUAAGAACAGUUGGUAUCGCUACCGUGGCGGACUGAAUGAAGAAGAGGCAGCAGAGCAGGAGGAGUUUGAUGAACUAUUUCCGAGCUUCGACGAGGAUGACAAAAUUCCUCGCGCAGAGAAACCCAAGGUCAAUGAUGCUCGAGCUCUGGCAAUCAGGUUGGCUCGGGCACAUAGGGAAAUCUUCCUCAGACCGCGAGACGCAUCUGAAAGCAUAUUGAAUCUUAACAGAGCUUUUGCUCAAAAAAUAUCAGAAGAUGCCGCCUCUACAGUCACGGACCGUAGUAUGCUUCCAGCUACGUUUUUGACCCUAGACGAAACGUUGAAGGACAUUGGUUCUACUACUUGUCCUGCCGACUACAACUUCUAUACAGAUAGUAACCUCCCCGAGGCACGGAAGCUUGUUAGCCUGGUGAACGAUAUCCGCAUCCACUUCCGACAACUUCAACAGAUUGAUGAAAUAGGGCACUUGCAGCCACUGGUUGAUGUGGUGCUGUGGUGCGAUAAAAUAUUCGCACUUGGACACUCUGAUCCCCUCGCAAGUACGAUAUCGAAGGUAGAACAGUUGCAUGCCUUUGUCUACGAAUGGCAGUUCGGCGGCUGGGCAAGCAAAACCUACAGCGCGUUGCCGUUAUACAACCAGCUGACGGAUAUGCUUGUUCGAUGGCGACGAUUAGAACUCUCCACAUGGGGAAAGCUCUUUGAUAUGGAAGUUAAGAAGAUCGAGGAGGAUGCUAGUUCUUGGUGGUUCAUUGCCUACCAAGCUAUCAUCGCCGUGCCGCUGACUAUGGUUCAAGCUGGAAAUGAUCUUUCGCAACAUGUCUCAAACUUGCUGAGUGAGUUGGAUACAUACUUUUCAUCGGCCCCUGUUGGACAGUUCGUUAGCCGGCUCGGUCUCCUGAAGCAACUACUCGAGCAACUACAGGCCCUCACAACGGACUACCCCUCAAUUUCUAUAGUUCGUGAUGGCCUCCAUAACUUCAUCAGCUUCUAUUCUCGAUACACGAAGGCCGUUGAUGAUUUGAUUCGUAUCGGGAGAACUCCCCUUGAAAAGAAAAUGAAGGACGUUCUGCUAUUGGCUAGCUGGAAGGACACAAAUAUCGUUGCGCUUAGAGAAAGCGCUCGCAAGUCUCAUCACAAACUUUUCAGGAUUGUACGCAAGUUUAGAGAAGUCCUGGGCAAGCCCAUGAAGCCUAUCAUAGAAGGUGGACUCCCAGAUGAGGUACACGUUGAUUCUGGAGCAACUGAGGCUCUAACAAAGGCCAAGGUCGUUGACAGAUCUGCUCUCGAGUUGUGUUCCGAACAUGUCCCUGGCUGGACGAAUACGUACAGGAGACUUGCCAACAUUGACAAGACAACCGAAAUUAUGAGCAAACUCGGCCGGAUUCCAGAUUCUAUCAUCGAUGCCGGUGAAGCUAUUGACCUGUUCCUCUCUCAGCUUGAGUCAUCAGCUCUGGAGCUACGCAAAGAGACGCCCGGGGUCUUGAAUGAGGAGAACAAGGCUUUGGUGAAGCAUCUGAAAUCGCGAAAACGGAAACUCUUUGCCGAGACUCUAAAAGAAGCUAGGCAGAUGGGUAUCCAGUACAAUCUCGGCACCGACGUUUUAUCUAGACAAGAUGCGCUAUCUACGGUGCUUGCCACGUCACAAGCACUCGCGUCAGAGUCACUAAAGGGGCUCGAUAGUACCAAUUACUAUUUCCAUAAGAUGCUAGAUCUUGCACCUCGGGUCAGGAAUGCCUACCAGGACCAUUCAGAUGACUUGACCGCCGCGGAAGUCGACAGAAGCAUCGGAUUACUCGAGGGCAUAAUCUAUGUCACAUUGGGCCAGAGACACGAAUUAGCAACUGUAAUCAAGAACCACAGUGCAUUGUCAGCUUGCUCAAGCCAUUUGCGCUCAGUUGGUGCUUCUAGCCCUGGUGAAGAGAUCAAACGAAAGACAUUGUCGGGUAAUCAUGAAAGAGCUUCUACUUGGCUUGUCCAGAUCAUCAAAGUCGGUAUACACCUCGUUGAGCUUCAUGGUAAACUUGGCCAUAUUGAUAACAAGGGGGUCCUUGGCCUCCUACAUACCUGGCUGGAAAAGAUGAAUGCCCUAUCAGCUAACUGGAGCUUGUUGCCGACCUUGCCCCACGAAGUUGACUCACUCCAGAAGAGGCAGUUGCAAGCUUCUAUUAGUUCAUCCCUCGAUGAAUUUAGGGGCGAGCUAGAUGCUGCGUGUCGAGAUUGGCCAAGCCUGGCAUUCCUGCUUGAACAAAUCCAGCUUUGGACUGUUGUUGACGAGCAAUCCAUAUCUGAUUCGACUCUAACGACCGAGAAAGCCGACAGCCUCCUCCAUGUUGUAAAAGACCUUUGCGACAGUAUUCUCGUUACUAUUGAGCAAUUUAACAAGGCAAUGGCGAAACUGCCUGCUUCUCAAGAAGAGCCGGGAUGGUUAAUUAAAUACGGUGAAGCUAUGGCGGCUUCCAUGCGAGCUUUACGCAUGGACAAGGUCGAGAAGAGUAUUACAGAGACUAUGAACCUUUUCGCUAAAGUCGAUCUCACCGAUCCUUCUAUCAACAAGAUAUCAAUAGCCUUGCUUUCUGUCGUCACCCCAAUCAUAAGUCAGUACGAGACUAUUUGUGACGGGACAAUUCAUGCCUUUUCGCGCGUUCACAGAAGCACUUGCAAACUCGGCUACAAAUUGAGCAAGAGCUUCACUCAACUAGCUUCUCAGGGCUUCUGUACUCCACAAGAAAAGUCUGAAGAAACCUCGGGCGACGCCGGGGAACUUGAAAGUGGGACAGGUCUUGGGGACGGAGAGGGUGCUGAGGAUAUAAGCAAGGAUAUUCAGCCUGACGAAGACCUGUCCGAGCUUGCGCAAGAGCAAAAUAAAGAGUCCAACCAAGAAAUGGAAGAUGAGAAAGACGCUGUUGAUAUGGCUGACCAGGAGAUGGAAGGCGAUCUCGAAAGCGUAGAGGGCGGCGAUGAUAAAGAGGAAGAUGCGAAGUCUGGUGACGAAGAGGAAGAUGAUGACGAGAUGGAUGAAGAAACAGGAGACGUUGAUGAUUUGGAUCCUUCCGCUGUUGACGAGAAGAUGUGGGACGGGGAGGACGAAAAGGAUGCAGAGAAGGACCAGCAGGGAGAGGAUACGAAAGGACAGAAAAAGGACGACGAACCGACAGCUGCUGACGCGCAACCUGACGCUCAAAACAUCGAACAAGGAGAAGACGAUCAGGAUGACGACAAUGCCGACGAUGAUCCUGCCGCAGAAGAAGAGGACGUACGACAACAAGACCCAGAGGAAGCAAACAAGCAAGAUCAGAACGUCCAAGAACAGGAUACCUUGGAACUACCGGACGAUAUGGAUAUCGAUGGGAAUGAUGAUGAUUCCAUGUCCUCUAUUAGCGACGAUGAGAUAGAUAAACUCUCCGACGUGGGCCAAGAGGAACGAGCAGAAAAACAGAUGAGUGACGCGGAGGGUGAGAAUGGCGAAGAUGCCGAAAUGGAGACUGCGCCUGCUAAUAACGACAAUGGUGACGAGGAAGAGCAGGAAGAAGGUGAAGAAAAGGACGAAGAUCCUACGAUCAAGGAAGACGAAGAGGCGGAUGAGGCACCAGAGGAAUCAGCGGAAGACCGUGAGAUGGCUGAGUUGCCAUCUGAUGAAGUUAAGGCGGCUGAUGAGAACACUGCGCCGAGUGAUGUGAGGAGUGGUGGGCAAGAUCAGGAUCCUAACCAGACCGAAGAGGCGAACAAUGACCAGAACAAUGCCGCUCAGCGUGAAGAAGGGGGGAUGGGUGAGAAUGCAGCAGAUCAAGAAACCUCGGCUGGGAAGAAAGGUAGUGUGUCAAAGGCUCAGGAGCAGCCUCCACAGACAGAAAUCGACGAUGACGCUAAAGAUUCGUCUACUCAUCAACCCUUCAAAGCCCUUGGAGAUGCCCUAGAGAAAUGGCAUAGACAACAACGAGAGAUCAAAGAGGCUCAGGAGCAAGACUCCAAAGACCAAAAUAAUAAUUCGGAACAGGAGUCGGCUAUCAAGGAAUUCCAACAUAUCCAAAAUGAUGAGUCUGCUCCGGACGCUCAAGCAAUGGGCACGUCAAAUGAAGAGCAAAAGCAGAACAUUGAUGAGUCGAUGGCGAUCGACGAAGAGGAUCAACCGGUAGACAAUCGAAUCGUACCAGAAGAUGAAAAUGAGUUAGAAGAUAAUGAAGCCGACAAUAUGGACACUUCAGAACCACUCGAUAAUCUAGAGCAACAAGAUACAGAAAAGGAGGAGAAGCCCGCUGGGGUUUCAACUCGGCAAGGUGCUUACAAUCGUGACACUCCACCGCCAACCAAUGGGUCGCCGGCCCCAGAAGAGGCGGAGGAAGAUAUUCAGGAGACAUCUACGCAGCUAUCGUCAACCCACCUGUCAGACCCAAGUCAAGAGUUGCGGGAGUUCGAAGAGGCUAUGCACCAAUGGACCUCAUUCCAAAGCAAAACUCACCCACUUUCAUUAGCUUUGACUUCGCAGCUACGUCUGAUCCUAACUCCAUCUCAGUCGACCAAACUCUCGGGAUCCUACCGAACAGGUAAGCGUCUCAACAUCAAGCGCAUCAUCCCCUACAUCGCCUCCAGUUAUAAGAGGGACAAGAUAUGGAUGCGCCGAGCCAUCCCGACGAAGCGAUCCUACCAGAUCCUGCUCUGCGUCGACGACAGCAAGAGCAUGGGCGAAUCGAGCUCCGGCGAGCUCGCCCUCGAGUCCCUCGUCAUGGUCUCCCGCGCCCUCACCAUGCUCGAGGUCGGGCAGAUCGGCAUCCUCGGCUUCGGCGCCAACGUCUUCAUGGCCCACGAGUUCACCGAGCCCUUCGCCUCCCACGACGCCGGCGCCAAGGUCCUGCAGAGGUUCGCCUUCCAGCAGGACCACACCGACAUCGAGCUCCUCAUCAAGCAGACCAUCGACAGGUUCCGCCUCGCCCGCCUCAACAGCACCACCCGCGGCGCCGAGGACCUCUGGCAGCUCGCGCUCAUCCUGUCCGACGGCCUCACGCCGUCCGCCGCCCACGAGCAGAUACGAUUGCUGCUUCGCGAGGCGAUGGAGGAGCGCAUCAUGAUUGUGUUUAUCAUCAUGGACGAUACCGGGAGUGGCAGUGCUGCGGAUAAACACAAGCAGAGCGUCGUUAACUUGAAGAAAGUAAAGUUCUUGGGCAAUGACGAGAUCACGACCGAGUACUACCUCGACUCGUUCCCGUUCCAGUAUUACCUUAUAGUGCACAACCUCGAGGAUCUGCCGGGGGCGCUGGCGGGGUUGCUGAGGACCUGGUUUGCGGAGGUGAAUUCUUGAUUUUUCUUUUUUUCGUGAAAAUGGGCACUUCUUUUGUUGUUGUAUUUUGGUGGUGAGUUUGGCGUUGGUACCUAUUGGUGUGUUUAGUAGGUACCAGGAGGUGCUUUGCUACCUAGUUCAUAGGGGUUUCUUAGAACGGAUAUACAUGUACGUAGGUAGAUACGUGAUACAAUUAAAAGU